UUGCCGCAGAAUAUAAGCAGUCGAUUUCAGAUACAUGUAUUACUUCCCUUGAAGUAGAAUCCUCCAUUUGCCGUCCAAAGCGAUUGCGCUGCUAUUUUUAUGACUUUCUUCUACGAAUUUGUACUUGUAUUUUGUCCCUAUAUGUAGGACGCCCUUAACUCGUAUUUUGCUGACUUUGAGAUAUGGAGGAACAAGCAGCCACCCUCCUAGUACGCCAUUUGCCAAGUGAACUUGAGGAUCAAGAGAAAAUAGAUCUGCUAUGUCACUUUGGAGCCCAAGCUGUUAGACCUAUGGGUACAAAGGGUCCAAUGAAACAUGCAGCUUUUGCUAGAUUUUCAAACCAUGAGUCAGCAGAAAAGUGCCUUAAAAGACUGCAUCAGUUAGAGGUAUUAGGCCACAAACUGGUUGUACAGUUUGCUCAGUCUCAACAUGAAAAAUAUUUUCCGUCUGAAAGUGCAGGAACCAAAUCAAAAUCAAAAGAAAAAGAUGAAUCUAUUUCAGAAGGUGACGUUUUAUGUAUGUCAGAACAGUCUGUUACAAAGACGGUUGAAGAUGCCUUUAGGAAACAUAAUAUACCAUACCCAAAGAAGCCAACAUUGUACUACAUGUACCCUCCACCAACAGUGUCUACCUUAACAAACAUUGCCAAUGCUUUAGCUUCACAUCCGAAGUUCUACACCCAAGUUCUUCAUUUGAUGAACAAAAUGAAUUUGCCCUGUCCAUUUGGACCAGUAACCGCAUCUCCACCUUUGGCUUUAGAUAGAGCUAGAUAUAUGGCACAUGAGAAGACAGUGGGAAAAGGUACAAGUUAUUCUGCUUCUGACGGAGACAUUGAAGAGGUACAGAUGGAAUACUCAAGUACAGAAGAGUCAGAAAUUGAAUCUGACACUGAAAGCAAGAAAGUUAAAAACCUACAGUCUGAUCAAGAAACUGGCAUACGGAAGGUUAUGAAGAGACCAAGGAAGAAAAUGAAACUUGUCCAGCCAGAUAUGUCAAUGAUUGUAAAACCAGCUUCUGUUCAAAAUCCUAGUGAACUGUUUGAAGCAACAAGUCUGAAGACUGCACAGAUCCAGUUUAAUAUAUCAGAGACAGACAUUAUGAAACAAUUACAUACAGCAAGUAGAGACACAGGACAAGAGACCCAGGAGAAUUUUAAUGUAUCAGAAGGUGGAUUUGGAAAGGUGGAGCCACAGAAAUCAAAAGCUGAAGUUGAAGUAAAAAAACCUGAUGUAAAUUACAAGAUAGACCACAAUGCAUUCCUAACCAAGAGGCAAAUAGAAGAAGGGAGAUUAAAGAAAGAUCAAAUUAAAGAUUUCUCAGUGUUUAAAAAUUACUCAGCAGGUGAACCUACAAGCAGGUUAUACAUAAAGAAUUUGACAAAGCACACAACAGAGCAAGACUUACUAAAUGUUUUUGGUUUGUUUGUUGAUUGGUCACAAGACUUGGCAUGCGAUACAUUCGAUAUAAGACUGAUGAAGGAGGGGAGAAUGAAAGGGCAAGCAUUUAUCACUCUACCAAAUGAAAAAGAAGCAAAAGAAAUUGUGAAGGAAUGCAAUGGUUUUAUUCUGAAUAAUAAACCAAUUGUGAUUCAGUUUGCACGCUCAGCAAAGGCAAAACAAGUUGAUAAGCCUAUAGAUGAGACAAGUAUACAAUAAGCAGUGCAAAAGGCUGCAUUGUGACAAAUACUGUACAUUGAUGAUUGAUGUUUUAUUGUAGGGCUGGGAUGAUUUCAAAACUUCGAAACCGGUUAAUCGUUUGUAUGAAAUCGAAUCGAACCGGUUAAUCAGCCACCAUAUUGAAAAUGCUGUUUUCUUUCCUGACGACCGUAUCAAGGUACUUCCUGCAGCUGACUUCAUUAGGAACUAACUGACUAUAUUGUUUGAAAGCAGUGUGAUAAUAAGUCAUAUUUUGGUAUAUUUUAUUUAGCUACGCUUGUAAGUUACUCAAUCUUGCACUUUUUAGUAGAGACAAGCUAUGAACAUAAAAUUAUUGAAGGUUAUGUCAAAUAGAAAUCUGGAUAUGGAACAUUUUCGCACUUCCUCUUGUCAGGGGCAGACAACUCAUAUUAUGGAUAUUUUCAGCAAAUUUCAUUUUAAAUCGUCAUAUAUUUCGCUCAGUUUUAAAUAAAAAUUAAGGAUUUUUUGGAUUGAAGUGUUUUGUGUUAAUAUCUUUCUAUUUAUAGUAAUAAAUGCAUCUUUGCUUUCAAGUUUAUUCAUGCACAACGACUUCCAUUUUUUUAACAAAAACGCUCAUAGUAGUUAUAUUUUUUAAUGAAACCUGACAAAAUUGUUAUAUAAUUUAUCUUUAUAGGAAUGCUAAAUUAAAACAAUAUAAAUAAAUCAUAUAUUUCAGAAAAAGACAAAAAUCUUUCAUUCUGA